CGCCAUGGGACCGCCGCCUGCGCCCCAGGUCUCCUGCCGCACUGGCUGCGGCUCUUCCCAGCUACUAGCGUGGUGCUUCCUGCUGUCUCUGAGUCUGCACGUCCCCGGCUCCCGGGGUGCUGAAGCUGUGUGGACCGCUUACCUAAAUGUGUCCUGGCGGGUGCCGCACACCGGAGCCAACCGCACGGUGUGGGAGCUGAGCGAGGAGGGCGUGUAUGGCCAAGACUCGCCGCUUGAGCCUGUGGCUGGAGUCCUAGUUCCGCCCGACGGUCCCGGAGCGCUCAAUGCCUGCAACCCGCAGACGAAUUUCACCGUGCCCACCGUCCCAGGGGACUGGGGGAGUACUGUGCAAGUGUCCUGGCUGGCCCUUAUCCAGCGCGGCGGGGGCUGCACCUUUGCUGACAAAAUCCAUCUGGCUUACGAGAGAGGGGCUUCAGGAGCCGUCAUCUUUAACUUCCCAGGGACCCGCAAUGAGGUCAUCCCCAUGUCUCACCCGGGUGCAGGAGAGAUUGUUGCAAUAAUGAUUGGCAAUCUGAAAGGCACAAAAAUUCUACAGUCUAUCCAAAAUGGCAUCCAAGUCACAAUGGUCAUCGAAGUAGGAAAAAAGCAUGGCCCGUGGGUGAAUCAUUACUCAAUUUUCUUCGUCUCUGUAUCAUUUUUUAUAAUUACAGCAGCAACUGUGGGCUACUUUAUCUUUUAUUCUGCUCGAAGAUUAAGGAAUGCAAGAGCUCAAAGCAGAAAGCAGAGACAAUUAAAGGCAGAUGCAAAAAAAGCUAUUGGAAGACUUCAGCUUCGCACACUGAAACAAGGAGAUAAGGAAAUAGGCCCUGAUGGAGAUAGUUGUGCUGUGUGUAUUGAACUGUAUAAACCAAAUGAUUUGGUGCGAAUCUUAACCUGCAACCAUAUUUUCCACAAGACAUGUGUUGACCCAUGGCUGUUAGAACACAGAACUUGCCCCAUGUGCAAAUGUGACAUACUCAAAGCUUUGGGAAUUGAGGUGGAUGUUGAAGAUGGAUCAUUGUCUUUGCAAGCCCCUGUAUCCAAUGAAACAUCCAAUAGUGUCUCUCCACAUGAAGAGGAUAAUCGCAGUGAGACUGCAUCAUCUGGAUAUGCUUCAGUACAGGGAGCAGAUGAACCACCUAUGGAAGAGCAUGUACAGUCAGCAAAUGAAAACCUGCAGCUGGUAAACCAUGAAGCAAGUUCUGUGACAGUGGAUGUUGUUCCUCAUGUUGACAACCCAACCUUUGAAGAAGAUGAAACUCCCCAUCAGGAGACUGCUGUUCGAGAAAUUAAAUCAUAA